GCAAAAAACAACUUCAACAAACAACAAUCUUGAUGUUCAAUAUUAAGAUAUACGAUUUUUUUCAUCAUUUUUUUCAUUAUUACAAUAACCAUUGUUGUAUACGGUUAGACGAAGGCUUUGCAUAAGGCCAACGGAUCAGCCAAACAAAAAACAACAACAACAACAACAACAAAAAAACAACAACAAAAACAUCAAAAUACGCUACUUCAAAUGGUUAACCUUGCAGGCAAUAGCUUUACAAAAGCAUUUUUGCACCAAACGAUCGGAUACCUUUUGAUAAUGGUUACGACCGUUGUGUUCCAGCCAAUCUAUUAUCAUCAUUCAAAAUUAGUUCGUGCCAAAGAUUUCAGCAGUGCUGCCGAAAGAUCUGCGGCAUUGUCUGCCGCCUUUAAAUCAUCAUCAUCAUCAUCAUCAUCAUUAUCAUUAUCAUCAUCAGCUACCUCAACGGUGAUCAAUGGUGUUGUUGUUGGUGGUGGCGUUGGUGGUGGCCACCAUCAAGAUACAUCAUUAGACAAUAGUCUUGGACCGGUGAUAUUACAACAACAACAACAACAACCACCACUACUACCAUCACAACAAACAUCAUCAUCAUCAUCAUCCCUUAUAACGGGCCAAAAUAUACAAGAUUCAUUUCUAUUAUCAUCGAUUGAAGAUCAAUCAAAAUUAUCGAUCAAACAGAUUGAAAAAAGACAGCCAAAAAAUGAAUCAAAAAAAUUAACAAAAAAGCCUAAAUCUGAACAACAACAAAGACUACGGUCAUUUCCAGCUUUUUUACAAGCAGAUUUAUCACCAUUAGAAUUAGAUGAUACAAUAUUUGAUACUGUUGGUGGUGGCGGUGGUGGUGAUCCACGUUUCGAUGCAAUGAUUGCAAUCGAUCCAAAUGAUCCAUGCUACAAUUUUACAGUUGGAAAUUUAAAAUAUCAAGAAUUUUUUUCACCAAAUUAUCCAAAUAAUUAUCCCAAUGAUACUGAAUGUGAAAGAGUGAUACAAGCACCACAUGGAUAUCAGAUCAGUAUAGAAUUUAGGGAUCAAUUUUCACUUGAAGAUUCACCAAAUUGUGCAUAUGAUUAUCUUGAAAUACGUGAUGGUGCAUAUGGUUAUUCAUCACCAUUGGCAAAAUUAUGUGGCCCAGAUUUUCCAAGAGAUAUUAUCUCAAAUGAUCGUUACCUCUUUUUACGUUUUGUAUCCGAUGAUAGUAUUGAAUAUCAAGGAUUUAGAGCUGUUUAUUCCUUUAUCAAAAUGACAAAUGAAAGACCAGAACCACCAGAUGAAUGUCGUUUUAAUAAAACCGGUGUUAGUGGGACCAUCGAAAAUCGUGAUAUACCACUUGAGCUAACAAAUUAUUCAGUAACACAAAAUGUUCCAAUUGAUUGUAUGUGGAAUAUAACUGUUGCAGCUGGUUAUAAGAUGUAUCUAAAUUUUAAAGAAUAUAAAUUAACAAGUCCAAAUAAUUGUGAAGCAAAUUAUAUUGAUAUUUAUGGUGAAAAAUUAAGCGAUUUAGCACGUAAACAACGAUUCUGUGGUACACAAGCUGAACCAGUACGAUCCGAUGAUAAUCAUAUGAAUAUACGUUUUUUUGCUAAACCGGACGCAUUAAGUAAUGUACAAUUUGAAAUUACAUUCACUGCAUUUCGUGAAUUAUCAAAUAAAGCAGAAACUUGCCGUCCUGAUGAAUUUGAUUGUGAAGAUUCAACUUGUAUCGAUAUUGGUUUAAAAUGUGAUGGUGUUGAUAAUUGUAAAUAUCGUUAUGAUGAAGAUAAACAAACUACUUGUGCACCAGGUAACAAAGGUGUAUUGAAUCUUAAUUCACAACAUAUGGUUGUUAUAUUGAUUGUAUUCUGUGCACUUGUAUUUGGUAUGUGUGCUUCCAUUGCUAUUUCAUGUUGGAGUAAAAUUGAAGAACGUUCACAACGUAAACGUGAAUAUAAAUUAAGACGUUCACGUGAAGCAUCAAUGGAAGUUGGAUUAGAUCGUACAAUGACUAUUACAUCAUUAGAUCGUUCAUGUCCAUUAGAACAUGGUGAACAAACAUCAUCAUCAUCUGGUUCAAGAUGUCGUAAAAUUGUAACAGCAAAUGCUAUUAGACAAAAACCAGAUAUUGGUGUUGAUGAUGAUGAUAUACCACAAAUGGGUUAUUAUGAUUCAGAAGAAAAUGGUUGCUAUGUACCUGAUUUAGAUAUUGCACCAAUGCAUCAUCAUUCAUCAACUGCUCAUCAUCAUUUAGUAUAUCCAUCAUCUAAUGAAAGGCGACCUAAACAGAUGCAAACUGUACAGCCAAAUGGUGGUACUAUUUGUACAUCUCAUCAUUUGGAUCCUGUUGAUAAAUAUUCACCUGAUACGCCCACACCACCACAAAUGAUGAUUGGUUCACCAAAUACAAGAGGUCAUAUUGGUGGUACACAAUCACCAUUAGUUGGUGAUCAUUAUUAUCAUCAACAACAACAACAACAGCAACAACAACAAUUACAACAAAAUAUUGAACGUGAUUCAAUAAGAUCAUCAUCUGAUUGUUCAAUACCACCACCACCACCUCCUCCAUCAUUAAGUCAUUUUCGUAAUCGUCUUCAACAACAACAACAACAACCACAACAAUAUCGAACCUUACCUCUUGAUCCAAGUAAAUUAACCGAUGCAUCAAUGUUAAUCAUGAGCGACAAUCAUCAUCAAUCUGUACAAUAUAGACAUCCACAACAUACAUCACGUAUAAUAACGACUAGUGGUGGUGGUGGUGGUCAGCCAUCAAUGUUAAUACAUCCACAACAUCAUCCUGAUUGUGCUCAACAUCAGCUCAAUAAAAUGCAACAAACAUCAAUGGAACAUCAAUCACAAUAUAAUCCUAAUUCAUUAAGAAGAGGUGGUGGAGGAGGAACAUAUUAUACGAAUCAACCUACACCUGGUAAUAUAGGUGGUGGUGGUGGUGGUGGUAAUGUUAGAACACAACAAACUUCCGGUAAUAGUAAUCCGGGCAGUCAAAGGCCUUCACCGAUGCCUAUAGGAAGUAAUGGUGAUACAAAUGAACUGCUCAAUGAUGUAAUUGAUGUUGAUGGUUGUAUUGAUGAAGGUGAUGAAUCUGGUGUUGGACCAUCCGAACAACGUUCAGCAAUGGAGCUUAAUGAUGAUAUUAUUGAUGAUGAUGUAUUAACUGAAAAUGAUAUUUUUCCAUCAUCAAAUGGUCCAGCAUCAGCUAGUGGUAGACAUCAAUCAUCAACACAUUAUCUAUUACGUGGUCAAUCAACAUUAGAAGAAGAAGAUGAUUCUUCAGUGCCUUUAAAUUCAACCAAUUCAAAUACUGGUUAUGGUAGUGGACAACAACAACAACAACAACAACAACAAACAAAUAUUGGUCAAAGACAAGUUUAUUAUCGUAGUGAAGCUGUUAUUGAAAUGGUACCAAGACAAGAUACAAAUCGUCAAGAUGUAGCACUUAUUCGUUAAACCAAAAAA